AUGGCGCCUCCGCCAGGGUCGGCGUCGCCUUUGGUCGACAACCCCCAGAUCAAGGAAUCGCAACUUCUGCGCCCGCUGCCCUUCUUCCUCCACACCUACAUCUGGCCCUUCACGAUCGUCUGGCCCAUCUUCUUCCGCUACUACCUGAGCCAGGACCUCUACGAUCAGUAUAUUGGUGGCUCAGAAUGGACCUUCGUUUGGUGCGGCACCAUCGUCACCUUCCAGUCCCUCUUCUGGCUCAGCACCCACUGGAGCGUCAAUCUUGAGGCUCGCUUCAAGGCUUCCGCUGUCGAAAAGAUCGAAGAUGCGCUCCUUAUCAAGGUUAUCCCCAUUGCCAAUGCCGGGUCCAGCGAGAUCUGCAAAAUUAUUCGUGACAAGGCCGGCGGGAAGACAAAUCUUUCCUUCCUCUUCCAGAAGAGACGAUUCCUAUACAACCCCGAGACCAAAGUCUUCACGACCCUGAAGUACACCAUCGAUGCCGAGCCCAAGCCUUCGAUUGGCCACUUCCAGACCUCCCGGGGUAUCGACACUCAAGUCGAAUUGUCUCGCAUUGAACAACACUACGGUAUUAACACCUUCGACAUUCCCGUGCCUUCCUUCACCGAGCUCUUCCAAGAACACGCCGUCGCUCCUUUCUUUGUCUUCCAAGUGUUCUGCGUUGGUCUGUGGAUGCUUGAUGAAUACUGGUACUACUCGCUCUUCACUCUGUUUAUGUUGGUCAUGUUCGAAAGCACCGUUGUGUGGCAACGCCAGCGCACUCUGAUUGAGUUCAGAGGAAUGGGUGUCAAGCCUUAUGACCUGUGGGUGUUUCGCUUGGGCAAGUGGAUCGAGGUCCAGAGCGACAAGCUCCUGCCUGGCGACCUGGUUUCGGUUAGCCGUACCAAGGAGGAUAGCGGUGUCGCUUGCGAUAUGCUUCUGGUUGAGGGCACUGCCAUUGUGAACGAAGCUAUGCUGUCGGGAGAGAGUACGCCUCUGCUCAAGGAGUCGGUUCAACUCCGUCCCAAGGAUGCCCCUCUUGAUACCGAAGGACUGGACAAGAACUCUUUCCUCUGGGGAGGCACCAAAGUUCUCCAGAUCACCCACGCCAACGCUGAGCAAGAAAAGACCAAGAGUGCCUCCGGUGUUCCUACUCCUCCCGACAAUGGUGCAAUGGCUAUUGUGAUCAAGACCGGUUUCGAAACGUCCCAGGGCAGCCUUGUGCGAACCAUGAUCUAUUCCACCGAGCGUGUCGGAGCGGGAAAUCUCGAGGCCCUGUUCUUCAUUCUGUUCCUCUUGGUAUUCGCCAUCGCUGCUUCUUGGUACGUCUGGGACGAGGGUGUCCGCAAGGACCGCAAGCGAUCCAAGCUGCUCCUCGACUGCGUUUUGAUCGUCACCAGUGUCGUUCCGCCUGAGCUACCCAUGGAGCUGAACCUUGCGGUCAACACGAGCUUGGCUGCCCUCGCCAAGUAUGCUAUUUUCUGCACUGAGCCUUUCCGUAUCCCCUUCGGAGGACGUAUCGACGUCGCCUGCUUUGACAAGACUGGAACCCUGACCGGCGAAGACUUGGUUGUCGAGGGUAUCGCCGGACUUGGUCUCGGUCACCCAGAACUUCACGACAAGACUGAAGCCAACGGUGCUCACUCGAACAUGAUCCCCGUCAAGGACACAACCCUCGAGACUCAACUCGUCCUGGCUACUGCCCACGCAUUGGUUCGACUAGAUGAGGGUGAUAUUGUCGGUGACCCUAUGGAAAAGGCAACUCUCGGAUCUCUUGGCUGGUCUCUUGGCAAGAAUGACACUCUUCACAGCGCAGUCAAGGCUACCGGUGUUCAGGGAACAGUUCACAUCAAGCGCCGCUUCCAAUUCUCCUCCGCCCUCAAGCGACAGAGCUCUAUCGCCAUGGUGCACGGUGUCGACACAAAGACUGGUAAGAAGAUCAAGGGAACAUUCGCUGGUGUCAAGGGUGCGCCCGAGACUAUCAUGAAGAUGUUGGUUGAUGUUCCCGCCGACUACGAGGAGACGUUCAAGUACUUUACUCGCAAGGGGUCCCGUGUGUUGGCCUUGGCCUACAAGCAACUCACAACAGACACGGAGCUCGGAACCAGCAAGAUCAAUGACCUCAAGCGUGAGAAGGUCGAGGCUGACCUGACAUUUGCUGGCUUUUUGGUUCUGCACUGCCCUCUCAAGGAUGACGCUAAGCAAGCUGUUCAAAUGCUCAACGAGAGCAGCCAUCGUGUUGUCAUGAUUACCGGAGAUAACCCUCUGACCGCCGUCCACGUUGCCCGCGAAGUUGAGAUUGUUGAUCGUGAUGUCCUUAUCCUCGAUGCUCCUGAGCACAACGACGGUGGAGACGAGCUUGUCUGGAGGAGCGUCGACGAUACCAUUCAAAUCCCUGUUGACCCAACCAAGGCCAUCGACCCCAAGAUCUUGGAGGAGAAGGACAUUUGCGUUACUGGAUAUGCUCUCGCGAAAUUCAAGGGCCAGCCAGCUUGGAACUCCAUUCUCCGAUACACCUGGGUAUAUGCUCGUGUCUCACCCAAGCAGAAGGAAGACAUUCUUUUGGGACUUCGUGAUAUGGGAUACUACACACUCAUGGCUGGUGACGGUACAAACGAUGUCGGUGCCCUCAAGCAAGCUCACAUCGGUGUUGCUCUCCUCAACGGAACACCUGAUGACUUGACCAAGAUUGCCGAACACUCUCGAAACACCAAGAUGAAAGAAAUGUACCAGAAGCAAUGUGAUCUGAUGGCUCGUUUCAACCAACCCGCGCCUCCCGUCCCCGUUGUUAUCGCCCACCUGUACCCCCCUGGCCCAUCCAACCCCAACUACCAGAAGGCCAUUGAGCGUGAAGCCAAGAAGAAGGACAUGUCUCCUGAGGAGUAUUCCAAGUCAUUGGGCCACCCCACCGAGGUCAUUACCACCCCCGCCGCCCAGAACCAGCUCAACGCUCGCCAGCAGGAGAACAUCAAUAAGGCUGCCGGUCUCGCUGACAAGCUCACCACCAUGAUGGAGUCGGAUCUGGGAGAUGAUGAGCCGCCUGCCCUGAAGCUCGGUGACGCCUCCGUUGCUGCUCCAUUCACGUCAAAGCUGCGCAAUGUCAUUGCUAUCCCCAACAUCAUUCGUCAAGGUCGUUGCACUCUGGUUGCUACCAUUCAGAUGUACAAGAUUCUCGCUCUCAACUGUCUCAUCAGUGCCUACUCGCUGUCCGUCCUUUACCUGGAGGGUAUCAAGUUCGGUGACACCCAGUACACCAUUAGCGGUAUUCUCAUGUCGGUCUGCUUCUUCAACAUCUCGCGUGCCCGUGUCGUCGAGGGUUUGAGCAAGGAGCGUCCCCAGCCCAACAUCUUCAACAUCUACAUCAUCGGAUCGAUCCUUGGACAGUUUGCCGUUCACAUUGUGACUCUCAUCUAUAUCGCUCGCCUCUGCGACAGACUUGAACCACGAGCUUCCGACGUUGAUCUUGAGGCCGAGUUUGCCCCUUCGCUAUUGAACUCGGGUGUCUACCUCUUGCAGCUGAUUCAGCAAAUCUCCACCUUUGCCAUCAACUACCAAGGCCGACCCUUCCGCGAGUCCAUUUCCGAGAACAAGUCGAUGUACUGGGGCAUGAUCGGCGUGUCUGGUCUGGCCUUUGCCUGCGCCAUGGAGCUCAUGCCCGACAUCAACGAGCAGAUGAAGCUCGUGCCCUUCAACGACGAGUUCAAGCUCAACAUGACGGCCGUCAUGGUCCUCGACUUUGGCCUGUGCUGGAUCAUCGAGGUGGGUCUCAAGGCCGGCUUCAGCGACUUCCGCCCCCGCGACAUCGCGGUGAGGCGCGAGGACCAGCUGCAGCGCGAGGCCGCCCGCAAGGAGAUUGAGAACGCCAAGAAGGAGGAGGAGGAGGAGAAGGCGCGGCUCGAGAAGGUGGCCGAGUUUGAGCGCAAGGUGGAGGCCCGCCGCCAGCAAAUAGAGAACUGGAGACAGGGGAGACAGCAGCCGCAGCAGUAG